GCCUCAAGGGUAGGAGAGAGAGAGAGAGAUUUGUAGUUUCACACACUUGCCAACCUUAUCUCGCUCUCAAUCUUCUCUUAUCAUUGCUUGGUAUCACAAUUACUCGCAGCUUCCAAAAACCCUAGCUCUACCCCUGUUUGCUUCUUCGUGUUAUUAGCGCCAUGGACUCCAAGCCUUAUGUACCAGAAACGCCGUCGCAUCUCUCUAACUCAUCAGGUUCUCCUCAUUCUUCUUAUACUUCCUCGUCAUCUUCGCCUUCUUCAAAUCAUUCUGUUAUUGAUAAUUCAGUUAGGAAUUAUACUUUAGAGGUUGCUGAUCAUAAUAACAAUAACGUUAGUAGUGGGAGUAGCGAUGGGAGGUUUGUGAGUGGUGAAGAGGACGUUGAAAUGGAGACGGAGAAGCCAGUUACCCUCCGGGAAACCCCACAAAACCACUUUCGAUGGGGUGGUGCUGGUUCCGCUUUUGUUGACCCUGUGGAAUUUCCGGCACUUAAAAGUGAAGAGCCGGUAUGGACAUCAUUGGCGAAUGAAAAAGAUAAUGAUGAUAAAUAUGUUGUUGGACAGUCGAAAGUUGGGAGCCUGGAGAAGGGUGAAUUGGUUAGGGAUGAGGACAAGGGUUUAGAGAUGAUUUGGGCUCAGGGUUCUGUGGAAAAAAAUGGAAUUGAUAUUGUGGAAGGAAAGGAGGUUUCGGUGGAAAUCGGCAAGGGUCUGGAUAUGAAUUUGUUUGAGAAGGAGACUGAGAAGCUAGGAGUCGAGGGGAGUCAGUUGGAUGCAGAAGCUGCUGAAGGGAAGAAAGCAGAAGUUUAUGGGGGCGAGGCUGUUGAAGAGGGAGAGUUUUUCAGUGGUGGGAAUGAAAAAGUUGACACUGGGAAAUUUACUAGUGGAGGGGACUCGUUUCUGGAGGCUGUACAUGCCACUUUGCCAGGGUCGGGAGUGGCUGUUGUUGGAGAUGCGGAGGGAGGGAAGUAUUCUGAAAUUAAAGGAGCAGAGGUUCCAGUUGAUGAUGGUGUGCCUCCGGACAAUUGUUUUGAUAAGGUUAGUAGUGAUAUGGAAGAACCAGUUAAUUUGAAUAUUGAAACCAAGAAAAAUGUUGAAGCUAUUACUGGUUUCAAGACUGAAGUUGCAGAAGUGGACAGUAAUGGAAUGGAACAGAUUGAGACCUCAGUGGAGGUUGAUGUAGGGGAUAGAGAUGGAACUCUGGCCACUGAUUAUAUUGAGGAAACUGCACAAACACGUGCUGUUCAUGAUGUAGAACUUUAUGUGAGUGCUGCAAGCAAAAAGUUGGAAGAUGAACUAUCAGUCAAAGCUGAUUUACUUGAAUCUGCAGAAUCAAUUGCUGUUACAAAUGCGGAAUUUAAACUAGAUGCUGAAAUUGAAGAAAAGAAUCAUCAAGGUGUAGAAGGUGAGAAUGAUGGAUCGGUGACAGAUGGUGAGACUGAUGCAAUGAUUUUUGGAAGCUCUGAAGCUGCCAAAUUCUUGGAGAGGUUGGAGCAAGGUUCUGGUGCUGGUUCUUAUUCUGGUGCAGAGAAUUCUCAUGAUCAUUCACAGAGAAUUGAUGGUCAACUUGUGACAGACUCAGAUGAGGAAGUAGACACUGAUGAGGAAGGUGAGGGGAAAGAGCUGUUUGAUUCUGCUGCCUUGGCAGCCCUCUUGAAAGCAGCAACUAGUGCUGGCUCAGAGGAUGACACUGUCACUGUGACCUCUCAAGAUGGAACCAGGCUCUUUUCUGUUGAGCGACCUGCAGGUUUGGGGUCCUCGCUUCGACCUGUGAAACCUGCUGCACGACCAAAUCGGCCAAAUUUUUCAACUUCUUCCGGUCUCACAAAUGGGGGGGACUCAAAUGCCAGCUUGAGUGAAGAAGAGAAAAAGAAACUGGAAAAGUUGCAGCAGAUAAGGGUGAAAUUUUUUAGGCUUGUUCACAGACUAGGUCAUUCGCCAGAAGAGUCGAUAGCUGCACAGGUUUUAUACCGUUUGGCCCUUCUCGCAGGGAGGCAAACCAAUCAACUGUUUAGACUUGAUGCUGCAAAGAGAGCAGCUUUGCAGCUUGAAGCAGAGGGGAAAGAUGAUUUGGACAUUUCCUUGAACAUACUUGUCCUUGGGAAAACGGGGGUGGGCAAGAGUGCUACAAUAAAUUCUAUUUUUGGUGAGGAGAAGUCCCCAAUCCAUGCAUUUGAACCUGCAACUAAUUCUGUUAGAGAAAUAACUGGUGUGGUAGGUGGAGUUAAGAUUAGGGUAAUUGAUAGCCCAGGUCUCAAGUCUUCUGGUUCAGAACAAGGGUUAAACCGCAAAAUAUUGACUUCCAUAAAGAAGUUCAUGAAGAAUUGUCCUCCAGAUGUUGUCCUUUACGUUGAUAGGCUUGACACCCAAACCAGGGAUCUUAAUGAUCUGCCAUUGCUGAGAUCCAUCACUAGUUCUCUUGGCUCUUCAAUCUGGCGAAAUGCUGUAGUUACUCUAACCCAUGGUGCUUCAGCACCUCCAGAUGGACCUUCUGGUUCCCCUUUGAGCUAUGAGGUGUUUGUUGCUCAGCGCUCUCAUAUGGUUCAGCAGUCUAUUGGGCAAGCUGUUGGUGAUUUGCGUUUGAUGAAUCCAAGUUUGAUGAAUCCUGUAUCUCUUGUAGAGAAUCAUCCUUCUUGUCGGAAAAACAGAGAUGGACAAAAGGUGCUCCCUAAUGGUCAAAGUUGGAGACCUCAGUUACUGUUGUUGUGCUACUCUAUGAAGAUUUUAUCUGAAGCAAGUUCUCUUUCUAAACCUCAAGAUCCAUUUGACCGCCGGAAGCUUUUUGGUUUCCGCACUCGUUCACCUCCCCUUCCAUACCUAUUGUCUUGGUUGUUGCAGUCCCGUCCACAUCCUAAACUCUCUGCUGACCAAGGGGUUGACAAUGUUGAUUCUGACAUUGACUUGGCUGACUUUGAUUCUGAUCAGGAAGAAGAAGAUGAUGAGUAUGAUCAGCUCCCACCAUUCAAACCUCUUAGGAAAACUCAGCUUGCUAAGCUUAGCAAGGAGCAGAAGAAAGCAUAUUUUGAGGAAUAUGAUUAUCGUGUGAAGCUCCUACAGAAAAAGCAAUGGAGAGAAGAGUUGAAGAGAAUGAGAGAGAUCAAGAAGAAAGGAAAGUUUGCUGCAGAUGAAUAUGAUUACAAUGGAGAAGAUGCUGAUCCAGAUAAUGGAGCUCCAGCUGCUGUGCCUGUUCCAUUACCUGAUAUGGUCCUGCCACCUUCAUUUGAUGGUGAUAAUCCAGCUUAUAGGUAUCGGUUUUUGGAACAAACUUCACAGAUUCUGGCAAGGCCAGUUCUCGACACCCAUGGUUGGGACCAUGAUUGUGGGUAUGAUGGUAUCAACGUUGAACAUAGUCUAGCUGUUGCUAGUCGAUUUCCAGCAGCAGUCUCUGUUCAAGUAACUAAGGAUAAGAAAGAAUUCAGCAUCCAUUUGGAUUCUUCAAUCUCUGCAAAGCAUGGGGAGAAUGGGUCUAGCAUGGCAGGGUUUGACAUUCAAAAUGUUGGAAAGCAACUUGCCUACAUCUUUAGAGGUGAGACUAAACUAAAAAAUUUCAAGGCAAACAAGACAACUGCUGGGGUAUCUGUUACAUUUUUGGGCCAAAAUGUGGCUAGUGGUUUUAAACUUGAGGAUCAAAUUGCACUUGGAAAGCGCCUGAUGUUGGUUGGUAGCACUGGGACUGUCCUUUCUCAGGGUGAUUCUGCAUAUGGAGCCAAUUUGGAAGUGCGGCUAAGUGAAGCAGAUUAUCCAAUUGGCCAGGACCAAUCCUCCCUGGGCUUGUCUUUAGUGAAGUGGAGGGGGGACUUGGCAUUGGGGGCCAACCUUCAAUCCCAAUUUUCCAUUGGAAGGAGUUCUAAGAUAGCUGUUCGAGCAGGAUUGAACAACAAGCUGAGCGGACAAAUUACUGUCCGAACAAGCAGCUCUGAACAACUUCAGAUUGCACUUGCGGGUCUUCUUCCCAUUGCAAUGUCUAUCUAUAAAAGCAUUAGGCCAGGGGUUAGUGACAAUUACUCAAUGUACUAGAUCCUGCAUUUUUUUUUCAUUGAUGCAAUGUAUCGCAUUCAUUCAGCAUCAUAGAUUAGAUAACGUGUUGAGCUUGAUUUGGAUUUCAAUAAUGCUGAAUUUUCUUUCAUGUAGAACUUAUUGAUCUUAUCAAUAUCAGGUUCAUGUUAUAUUGCGUGAUGAAAUGUAUUAAAUAUGAGUUGGAUUCAUGAGGAAAUUAUAAUAUUUUUCUUGUUUC